AUGCAACGGCGCAGUGAUGGCGACACCGAUCCUACCGUCUCUUUCCCGGGAACUGGAGACAUACGUGAAGCAUGGGAGCGUGGGGCACGAGCCGCUGCAAGGGCACACGUGGGAGAGGCAGGAGAGGAGCUCGCCAGCAAUGUGCGGCAGCAUAUCGAGGAGGAUAGGGGAUACGUGAAAGUUCGCUUGCCCAGCCUAAAGCGGAAGGCGGCUGAAGAGGCCCGGAGAGGGGACGUCGACGUGCCAGAGAAUUCGGGAGAGGCGAAAAAGAAGGAGGAGAGCAACGCUGGUGCUAAGGCUCAUAAGAUGGUGGAGGUAGAGGCGCACCAGAAUGCAGAGGAUGCGGUCCAUCGGUUCGUCGAUGCAGAGGCGGCACUUACGGCAGAGGACGGGGCGCCAAAGGAAGUAGAGUCUGCGGCGCAGCAGAAGGUGGGUGCAGAGGCGGUCAAGGGUGCGGAGGCAGUCGCGCGUAAAGAAGCGGGUGCAGCAGCAGAGCUGACGUCGGAGGCAGUCGAGCUGAUGGUAGUGGAGGCAGUGGCGCAGAAGGAAUCAGAGGCAAUGGCGAGCCAGAAGGAUGAGGCAGCGGCGCAGCAGAAUGAUGAGGCAGACGUAGAUAAGGAAUCAGCGGCAGCAGCGCAGCAGAAGGAUGAGGGUGCGGCGCCCAGGAUGGUUGAGGCACAGGCGCAGAAGGAAUCAGAGGCAGCGGCGCAGCAGAAGGAGGAGGGUGCGGCGCCGAAGAUGGCGCAGAAGGCAUCAGAGGCAGCGGCGCUGCAGAAGGAGGAGGGUGCGGCGUCGAACAUGGUUGAGGCAGAGGCGCAGAAGGAAUCAGAGGCAGCGGCGCUGCAGAAGGAGGAGGGUGCGGCGCCGAACAUGGUUGAGGCAGAGGCGCAGAAGGAAUCAGAGGCAGCGGCGAGGGAGAAGGAUAAGGCAGCGGCGCUGCAUAUGGAGGAGGCAGACGUACAUAAGGAAAGAGAGGCUCGGAAUAAGGCAGAAGCAGCGGCGCGGCAGAAGGCGGAGGCAGAGGAGCAGAAACAGGCUGCGGAAGAGGCACUACAACUGGCUCGGGCAGAAGCGCGGAAGAAGGCUGUUGUAGAGGCGCAGAAGAAGGCGGAGGGUGAGGCGCAGAAGAUGGCAGAGGCCGAGGAGCAGAAGUAG